GAGGAAAUGACGUAGCAAUGUUGUGAAUUGCAAAUAAGCUUUACACACACGGAGAGACCCCACUGCACUGACGUCUUCUCAGGAAUAUUCUAGAAGGAAAACAUUCAUGUCCUCACACUUUUGACCGCAUUGAAACCCCCAUGGACCUCCAAAAAAUCAUCCACGGUGCAUUGCACGACUUCAUUGAGACUUACAUCCCCGACGCGGAUCUCAGCACGCUGGAUGAUGUCCUUCUGUCCUACAUCACUGGGGUUCUGCAAGAUUUGGGCUCCCAGCAAAGUGUGGAGGAGAACUUUGACGUGGAGAUCUUUGCGGAGAUGCUGGAGGCGUACAUACCGGGAUUUGCAGAAAUAGAUAGUGUCAAAGUGUGUGAAAUGAUGUUCAGCCUGGCGUCCACACUCGCUACAGCAAGGACUGCAGCUGACGGAGAAAGCAGCGCACCAAAGUCGGAGGACAGAGCUGUCAAACCAAGUGGACCUCCACCCGGCAGUGAAAUGCAGUGCCUACAACCACAGACAGAGGGCGCCACAGCCAAGCUACCAGUGUCAGAGUGGGAGUCUCAGGAACAGCACCUUCUGGAGAUGUUCCCCAAGUGCAGUUUGUCCGAGGCCCGCAGUGCACUCUCUAUUGCCAAAGGAGACAUGGAGGAAGCUGUUCGCCUUAUCAUCGAGGGAGAUGUCCAACUCAGCCCCUCUCCACUUAAUGUGUAUCAAGGGAAGAAUAUCUCUUCAGUGGCAGAUCAGAAACUGAAAGAAAGCAUCCUGGAGAAGUACAUGCUGGUGGACAACGAAGAGGACAAAAAAACGCACCGGCCCGUGGCCCCCAGAGACGCUCCCAAAAAGCUUGUCCGUUACCACGGCAACCAGGUGGUGACCACCAAGGGAGAGCGCUACCAGGUGGUGAAAAAGGACGACUCGGAAGACAUGAAGAAGACGUACGUCAACCUCAAGCCGGCUCGGAAAUACCGAUUUCAUUGACGAGGGAGCGCCACAAGAGCGAGUGCACUGACGGGUGUUGUUGACAUGUUUUAUGCUUCGGUCUGAAUUUCACUUUUCAAACUACAGCUAGUGAGUUUGUGGCUUAUUUUUUAAUAGUGCUGCCAUUAUCUACAGUACUUUGGUUAAUACGCCUAUUAUUAUUGUUACGACCUGUUUUUGUUACAGUUUUCUUUUGUAAGGUUUUAUCAAGGUUUGUCUGUAUUCUCGUGAACUUCCAUGACUUCAUGGAAAUUGAAAUUAAUUCUAGUGGUGCUUUUUUUUUUUUUUUCUAUUUUUUAAAGUCUCAACUGCUUGUACAUAUGAUGACAUCAUUGUUUAGCACUGUUUCCCAUACCUCCCUUUUUAUUUACGGCAGACCGUUACCUGUUUGUUUCGGCUCAAAAACACAUUAUAAACGGACUGUCCGUGAUCGUCGUUACAACUUGGCAUUGCGACGACCUCACACGCACCCGGUCUGCCAGAGAAUAAGAAGUCGCGACAGGAGGGAUCUCCUAUUUUAAAGAAUCUAGCGAAGGGAGUGUUGCGUCGACCAGUUCUUCCUCCCAGGGAAUCUAAGUUACUGGUCAAUCCCAAGUUCUUUCGAUGACAUAUAUGCUGAGUAACAGGGACCAUCAAGACAGAAUAGGAAUAUUUUCAAGUUUUACUAAAGCUUUAGGAGAUCAUCUUAACCAAUACAUUCAUAUCGGCUACUCUAGUUGAUCUGACAUUCAAACGGAAAAGCCAACUUCUUGAACACACAGAAAGCCCCUCCACCUCCCCCUCGCAACACAGAUAAGGAAGAUUUGGGGGUUUGGUUUCACAUUCCUGAUGGUUUAAGACACUAAACAGACAAUCUGAAGACAAAGAGAGACUGGUAGAAUAUACAAAGGAAAAGUACUAAAUUCUCUAAACAUGGCUAUGUAAAAAGAAAGAACUCAAACAUAUAUGCAUC